AACCGGAUGAGCACACGCAUCCACUGUAUAGAUUUUUUUCUUACUUUAGUUCAAUUCUACGACGACGUAAUUAGUUACCGAAUUAGUAAUUUAUUAAUAGGACUUCUUGAAACUUUCAACCAUGGAACAGGGAUUAUGGGUUUUAGUAGAGUGGGUGGAUGAUGAUUCACAAGACACAAAAGAUUUUUCAAGUUAUAGCGUGGUAAAUGUGGCUUUGAUAGACAGCAAUGAGAUAAGUGAGGGGAAGAUUGUUCUAGUUAGAGAUGGUGUUAAGGGAAAACCGAGGAGAGGACAAGUACAUAAGACUUCAGAAGUGAAAAGCUAUUUAGAAGAAUUGUUGGGUGUUUUUUUGGGACGAGACAAAAGGUUACAACAUCUGGUACCACUUGGUACGGACACGAACGAAAUAGAAAAGCCAGAGGAAAUGAUCCUACCUCUAAUCAGUGAAAGUGACUUCAUGCAAGAUGAUUAUACGGACAACAGUGACAGGGAGAUCUCAUCCAUUGAGUAUUUCUUCGGCAACAGUGCUAGUGAUUCUGACGCUGAGGCCGCACCCCAAAACGACCAAAGUGGUAAUGCCGUGCAAGAAACAAAUGACAAUCAUUCUAAUAACACACCAACCAAUCCAGAGGCAACGCCUCAAACUGAGACAAGUCGCCAAGCAUCACAAGAAGGAAAUAGAACCGAUAAUAGUAAUACAGAAACUAAUGUAGAGACUUCAUCCCCAAACAUUCAAAGUUGCCAAAUAUCACAAGGAAGGAAUACAAACGACAAUAGUAACAUUGUAACGAAUAUAGAGACGUUACCAAACGACCAAAAUGGCCAAACGGCACAAGAAAGAAUAAGAAUCGCCAACAACACUCAGCCUGAUAUAGAGAUAUCAAUAGAGGUUACAUCACAAAGCCACGAAAAUCGUAAUCUAUCGCUAGAAGGAAUCGACGAAUUGUCGAUGUCGAAUAGUAAUACUGCAAGGAAUCAACCGGUUACAUCUCUAAACGACCAAUCUGGCCAAGCAUCGCAAGAAAGAUACAGUAACAUGGAAACUAAUACAGAGGCUUAUCACCAUAACGACCUAAGAAUGAGCAACACUCGUCCUAAAACUUAUAUAGAGUUUGCACCCGAAAUUCACAAACAUGGUUACGUAUUACAAAGAGGAAUUUUACAUCGUAUAAAUCUGUAUACUAAUUUAAGGUAUAAUCCAAAAGGUAAAUUAAUUUGUGAUAAACUACUUCAAACUGAUUUGACUAUGAAUAUGGGAAAUUCUUACCAACUUACCCAUAAUUCGCCACUUCAAGAGCAAAGCAUUACCCAGUCGGGUACAGUUGGUACUGCAUCUGCAGGAACUAUUACUGAAAUGAUACCUAUCGGAAGAGGUAACGCAACGAUACCAGCUCCACUCUUAGAUGUAAUUGAUUGGACGUCGUACUCAAUUGCCACUCGGAUGUUACUACAAGCUGUAUUUCCGAGAGUACUAAUAAAUAACUCAAUAGCGAUGGCCGAUAGGUCUGCAAAAAAGUGUUUCGAUCCCGUGAUUGUGAACGACAUAGCGAACAUGGUUUCUGACAGAUGCGGAGUGCCAAAGAGAGUAGUGAGGAGAUUUAUAACAACCAAUUGUGUUGACGAAAUCAAACUUUAUCGCAAUCGUCAAAUUUUUAAAAGGCUACGUCAACAGAACCAUGAAAUCGAUCCGCCGUCUCCAGCCUCAUCAAAUGAAGAUUCUAACACUAGUGAGUAGAGUAUCACCUGAGUAAUACCUCUUCUAUAAAUAAGGAUGACAAAUAAAUUUACAUGCAAAUCA